UUCAUACGAUCCAUUGGCGCUUCAAUUCAAAUCCCAAACUUCAAUCUACUAAUAGUAAUCAUCAUUAUUUCACAAUGAAUCGAUUGGAUUCUUCACCAAAGCUCAUGAUAGUUUCCGAUCUCGAUCAAACAAUGGUCGAUCACAACGAUAAACACAACAUCUCGCUUCUCAAAUUCAAUGCCUUAUGGGAAGCCUAUUACCGUCGAGAUUCUCUUCUCGUAUUCUCAACUGGAAGAUCGUUGACGAGUUAUAGAAAAUUAAGGAAGGAGAGACCUCUGUUGACUCCUGAUUUAACGAUAACAUCUCUUGGAACGGUGAUUGAGUAUGGUGAUUCAAUGGUUGAAAAUGAAGAAUGGGAACAGUUUUUGAAUCAAAACUGGAAUCGAGAUAUUGUCGUUGAGGAAACCCUAAAAUUUCCGGAACUUAAGCAGUUGCAGUCACAAACGGAGCAAGGAGCUCAUAAGGUCGGCUUCUUAAUAGAGAAGGAUAAAGCCCCACGAGUCAUCAAUCUUCUUUCUCAAUGUUUAGAGAAACGAGGGUUGGAUGUAAAAAUAGUGUACAGCAGUGGAAUGUAUUUGGACGUAUUGCCAAAACAUGCUGGAAAAGCCGGAGCUCUUCAAUAUCUUCUUAACAAGUUAAAAUCUAAUGGGAAAGCUCCCACCAAUGUUCUUGUUUGUGGCGACUCUGGAAACGACACCGAGCUUUUCAGCACCCCCGACGUCUAUGGUGUGAUGGUUAGCAAUGCAGAGGAAGAUCUACUCGAAUGGUAUAUGAACAAUGGAAAGGAUAACCCUAAAGUUAUUCAUGGUACUGAGAGAUGUGCUGGUGGGAUCAUUGAGGCUAUUGGCAGCUUCCAACUCGGUCCUAAUUUGUCCCCAAGAGACAUUAAUUGCUGUAAAGUCGAGACUAUCAAUCCUUGCUUUGAAGUUGUGAAGUUUUAUGUGCUUUACGAGAGAUGGAGACGUGGUGAAGUCGAGAAGUCAGAGCUGUAUCUUGAACAUUUGAAGUCCAUCUUUCCUGCAAAAGGACCAAUAUCAGUUGAUCCAAACGGAAAGGAGAGAAGUAGGGAGGAAUUGAUAGAUGGAAUAAGAGAGUCAUAUGGUGACAUGAAGGGCACUCCAUUUCGAACCUGGCUCGAUGGACUCUCAUCCUCACAGGUCGGGUCCGAUUCAUGGCUUCUGAGGUUCAAUAAAUGGGAUUCUUCAUCUUCGUCUUCGUCAUCAAAGAAAAAAUUUAGGGGAUGCUUCACUACUGUUCUAAUGAGUUCACAGGAGAAAGAUCCAAAGGGUGGUUUGAUGUGGAUGCACGUGCAACACACGUGGUUGGAUGGUUCACCUUCAGAACCACAAGACUACAACUGCUUCAUCUAAAAUCAGUUUUGCUAUGCCUAUGGGAACUAAUAUCCUAAACCAACUAUGUAUCUAUCUAUUUCCAUUGUUAAAUCUUAUCCCAAAAAAAAAAGAUAAAACAAAAAUCUAUUUCUGAUCAUUUUAAAUUCAAACCAAUAAUCAUUUGUAUCGUUUGAAUGCAAAUUAUAAAUGGAGUUGGGAGUGAAAGUAAGGCAGUAAUUUCGUUUUUAA